GAGGAAGAACUGGACAUCUGGUAAGUCUGGCCCGCCAUGGACUCAGCAGCCAAGGACCAAAUGCAGCCUGUUCUUCCUCCUGGACCUGAGUGGCCAGAGCAGGAGAGGGCGGAGCAGCUGGCCCGGGGUGCAGCACUCAAGUGGGCCUCGGGCAUCUUCUACCGGCCGGAGCAGCUGACUAGGUUGAGCCAGUACCGCAGUCGCGAGGAGCAGCGCACCUGCUCCCUGGAAGCACGAAUCAAGUCGGUGGUGCAGUCAUACCUGGAAGGUGUGCAGAUUGGGGUGUGGCAGCUGGCCCAGGCCCUUGAAGCCAUGCAGGGAACCCGUGAGGCCCUGAGCCAGGCCCAUGGGUUGCUCCAGGGCAUGUCCCAGGCGUCACAGACCCUACAGCCCCUGCGGGAGAAGGUUGCCCAGCACAAGCAAUUGCAGGCCCUGUCUCAGUUGCUGCCCCGGCUGCAGGCAGUGCCAGCUGCAAUGGCCCACACGCAAAACCUGAUUGAUGGCCAACAGUUAUUGGAGGCAUAUGUGAGCCUUCGGGAGCUGGAGCAGCUGCAAGAGGAGACUUGGGCAUCCCUGGGGGGCCUGGAGUUGCCAGUCUUCCAGGGACUAGGCCUUCUGGCUGAGGCACUGGGCCAGGCUGUGGAGGCAACUGCAGGGGCUGCAGGACAGUUGGCACGGGAGAACCCAGCUCUGCUGGUGGCUGCUGUGCGUGUGGCAGAGGUGGAGGCUGGGCGAACAACACCCCUGGGGCAGGUCCCCCGCGACUGGCAGCAGCGCUGUCUGCGGGCACUACAGGAGGGCCUAGAGCGGGUCCACUUUGGGUCACCUCUGCUGCCUGAGCCAGGGGCCCUUGCAGCAUGGCUGGAGGCUCUGCGGGUGGCCCUGCCAGCCGAGUUGGCCACAGCUGAGGCAUUAGUAGCACCCUGCUGCCCGCCACACUACAAUGUGGUCCAGCUAUGGGCCCACACCCUGCACAGUGGCCUACGCCACAGCCUGCAGCAACUCCUCGCGGGGCCUGAGCUGGGAGCUGCUGACACCUUCGCCUUGCUGCAUUGGGCACUGCAAGUGUACCUGGGGAAGGAAAUGAUGGGGAGCCUGGAGUUGGGACCUGAGGCUGACGUGUCCCGGCUGGAGCCCCUCCUGACCUUGGAGAACAUCGAGCAGCUAGAGGCAACAUUUGUGGCCAAAGUUCAGGUAAAUGUGUCCCAGUGGCUGCAGAAGGCUCUGGAUGGGGAAGUAGCUGAGUGGGGCCGGGAGCAAGAGCCUAACACAGACUCGUCCGGCUUCUACCACUCACCAAUGCCGGCCAUCGUGCUGCAGAUCCUGGAUGAGAACAUUCGCGUGACCAGCCUGGUCAGUGAGUCACUGCAACGUCGGGUGCAUGGCAUGGCACUGUCAGAACUGGGAGCAUUCCUGAGCAGCUUCAGUGAUGCUCUGAUCCAAUUCUCCCGAGACCACCUCAGAGGGGAAGCACUGGCUCCCCAUUAUGUGCCCUACCUACUGGCUGCCCUCAACCACCAAUCAGCACUCAGCUCCUCAGUGUCCGUCCUGCAGCUCGACGAGGUGGCUUCAGGGGCUUUGGCGCCGGUGGAAGCCGCGUUGGACGAGUUGCAGAGAAGGAUCUACCGCCUGGUUUUGGAGGCGCUGCUGGUGGAGCUCCAGCCUCUGUUCGCGGCUCUGCCCUCGCGCCGGUGGCUGACGAGCCCUGAGCUGCUGGACGGUGUAUGCGAGCGGACUGGGCGCUUCUGCCGGGACUUCUGGCGCGUGCGGAACUCCGCAGUUCAGCUGUUGGCUGAGGCAGAGCGCGCCGUGGUGCUUCAGUACCUACGUGGGCUGAUGCAGGGCCGCCUAGUGUGCCGUGGUGCCAGCGAGAGGACUCAGGCGGCCGAGCGACUGCGGCACGAUGCUGCCCAGCUUCAGCAGCUUUUUCUCGGUUUGGGUCUGGAGGAGAGCGCGCAUUGCGCGCCGGUGCUGCUUGCCCUGAGGGAGCUGCUGAACCUUCACGACCCCACGCUGCUUGGCCUCGAGGUGGCGGGCCUGCGGCAACAGUUUCCCGACGUGAGCGAGGAUCAUGUCUCUGCCCUCUUGGACCUGCGCGGGGACGUGUCCCGAGAACAGCGCCUGGCCGCACUCAGCUCUCUGCAGGCCAGCCCGCCGCCCUCGUCCCCCACCGGCAGUCGCGCACUCUUCAGCCUAGUGCCAGCGCCUACGCCCGCUCUGUCAUCCUGUCUCCCCUCCGGGUCCUGCGCCUGACGCCCGGCUGCCAGCGGAAUAAAGCCACGGCUCCUGUA